AUGUACGUCGAGGGUCCACGUACCUUCGUCACCACGGACCAGGAUCACGGCGGAGUCGCACUGGUGAUUUGUACGCUCAUGGCGACCUGGUCCGUCCUCUGCUGGAUCGUGCGAGUCUACAUGCGGGCGACGGUCAGCGCGCCGUUUGGGGUGGAUGAUUUGGUUUUCACGAUUGCGACGAUCUUUGGAAUCAUACAAAUGAUCGUGUCAUGUGUCGCCAUUUCGUACGGAUUCGGAAAAUCCACCGUUCUGCUGAGCGCGGAUCAGGUUGUCAAUGCGGAAAAGGCGUUAUAUGCUGCGCAAUUACUCUACAUUGUCACGAAUGCGCUCGCCAAAGCCACAGUAGCGUUGCUGUUGGCUCGAAUCGUCUUCAUCAAGAGCCGAGUGCUGGCUUGUUAUUGCGUCCUCGCUGCCGCCGUGCUCUGGGGUCUGGGUUCUUUCUUGACUGUCGCCAUUCGUUGCACCGACCACCCUCCUUGGCAAAUCAUUGGCAAUGAUCAGUGUCCCAGUCUGCUCACCGAAUGGAAACUCGUCGUGGCGUUCAACGUCAUCAUCGAGCUCGCUCUGUUUGCCUUGCCGGUCUGGUUGGUAUGGGGUUUACAAACCAGCUUAAGGCGAAAGGUCACUGUGGUCUCCGUUUUCGGACUGCGACUCCCUGUCAUCGCCGCCGCCAUUGCUCGAAUCUACUUCCUCAACCGCGCCGGUCACACCGAUCAACCUCUCCUCACCGGCGUGCCGUCAUUCAUCUGCCUCAACAUCGAAAUGCACUACGCCGUCAUGUCCGCCACCUUCCCAACGCUCAAACCCUUCGUAGCGGCCUUCAACACCAGCUGG